AGGCACAAUGUGUGUGUGUGUGUGUGUGUGUGUGUGUGUGUGUGUGUGUGUGUGUGUGUGUGUGGCGAUGUGUAUUACGUAUGUGGGAAGAAGCCCGAGCCAUUCGAGAGGGGCAAUGCCUCACGUACGGGGAAGAAAACUCCCGGAACAACGAUCUCCGCGACAUGCAUGUAGUGUAGUUUGGGAAAAGGAAGAGAAUUCUCCCCUUCUCUUCAAAGAGAGAGAGAGUAAGAGAGAGAUCAAGAGAGAGCGAGAGAGAGAGAGAGAGCGAGACUCGGAUUCGCCAAGGCACGAAAAAUAUAGCGCAAAACACGGCUUCUUGCUGUGGAAGUAAACGAACUGUUCCACCAGGCGUAUGUGGCUGUGUGUGGUGUGUGUGGGCCCCAAAAAGGAAAAUAUUUCAAGCAAUGGAAAGAGAGAGAAAGAGAGAGAGAGAGCGACAAUUCUUCCGACUUUGUGUGGUGGGAAAGCGUCGAGAAGCGCGCGGCGGGAGUGCAUUUUAUGGGACACUGGGGCCUUUUUUGUUGUUGUUGUUGGGGCGGAAGGAGAAGAAGGAGCGCUCGAGAUUACCGAUCCGUCAACCCGCCUCACCCUCCCCCCCCAGAAGCGUAGGAUCGUCGUUGGGGCGUACACGACGGUCUCAUCAUCGCCGUCAUCACCAAAAAAAACCCAACCCCCUCGCCGGGGAAGAGUGGCACAGACAGCGAGAGCGAGAGAGAGGGAGGGAGGCAAACGGUAAGGCGAAAGGAAGGGGCAGCGAGCGAGAAAUUGGCAGCAGCAGCAGCAAAGCGGAAGAAAACAGAAGAGCCAGAGGUCUGUUGGCUGUCUGUAUGUGUGCGAUGCGAAAAGGCGAGAGGAAGCGAGAAACCCGAAACCGAAGUGGGUAGUUGGGAAAGGGAGACAGCAAACAAUAACAACAACAACAGCAACAACAACAAAAACCGACAAGAAGGCAAGGGGAAUCCACACCGGUCCUGGACCAGUCCGGCCCGGCCCUGGACGGGGGAACGCUAAGCGCGCGAGAGUGGCUGAGAGUGAGCGUUCGGGCUGACAGUUUUGGCAGCAUUAGUAGUGCCGGAGCGACCGAACCUGCAACAAUUCAAUUCGCCCGUGCAGGCAAGGCCCGUCGACAGACCCCGCUCACCACUGCAAAACGACCGAGUUGUUUGCUGGCGCAGCACACGCAAAAAUACACACGCCAGUAAACAGUGGAGCUGGCCGCGAGCGUAAGCGACGAACCCUUCCGCUCGGGUCGUCGAGAAUUUUUUUUUUUUGAGCCGCUGUGCAGUGUAGCUUUUGUUGUUGUUGUUGUGCUAUUAGUUUGUCUGUCUGUUUCUGUGUCGUCGCGAUGUGCAGUGGAAUCUGUGGUGCGUGAAGGCGGCGUUCAAACGCCGCACAGCCGAACGCGUAGUGACAAUCGUGAUUCCGUCAGUGCGUGAAGGAUAGCACCGCACCCCACGACGGUGGGUGGCCGGUAGUGGUGGAGGAGGAAACAAGGGUUUGUCAAACCCCGCCUCCCCUCUCUUCCCUCCCCCCCCCCCCCUCGUUGUCUCGUUUGUUUGCUACAACCGCAAAAGGGGGACAGCCGGCGGUAGCAAAACAACAACAACAACAACAACAACCCAGAAAGAAAGAAAAACGCAAAGUGAAGCACGAACGCCGCUCGCGCACGCUGCAAGGGAGGAGGAGGGCCAACCCCGAAAGGACCGAGCACCGGAGCCCCCGAAACAAGAUGAAAAUACAGCACCAGCGGGUACGGUUUACGAGCAGCGUAUUGUACGAUCACAACUUUCACGACAUUCAACACCAGCAGCAGCAGACGCGCAAGCAGACGGACGCGAGCAGCCACGACGGAGACUGCGACGAGCAGCAGCAGCAGCAGCAGCAGCAGGAACAGCGCCACCGUUGUUGUCGUCGUCGUCGCUGCAGCGCGUUGCAGCAGCAGCGGCAGCAGCUGCCGGUUGCGAACCGCCGUCGCCCGGGUCCGUUCACCACCACCAUCACCGCGUCCGGUGCACCGGCGAGCGGCCAUCAUUGAACGCACCGAACACACAGGCGCGCGCUCGCGAGACGCAACACAGCUGGCGCUGUGGCUGACUGAAGGGGGAAGAGCGUAUUUUCUUCCUGUGUGUGUUUUUUUUCUUCUCUCAGUCUCUCUCUCUCUCACUGUGGUCGGUGGGUGAACCCGCCGGAUCCUGUCCCCUGAAAUUCCCUGCCCACGCACACGUGGUGGUGACGCUUAGUGCGAAUUGAAGGCGAGAAAAAUGACUCUGCCCGAGACAGUUUUAUUGUGCGCGGUACGAGAGCAGCAUCAGUGUAGCGACCGUGCAGGCAUCUAAUAUCCGUGAAAAAGAAGAAGAAGAAGAAGAAGAAGAAGAAGAAAAUCAAAGGAAAACCCCUAAUCCUUGGUUCUUUUUUUGUUUGGUUAAAAGUGAACUGUUGUGUGUCUCUGUGCCGCGUGUCCUGUUUGGCGGCAUCACAAGUGUGCCCUGGGGAGGGGGAAGCCUCAAGCUAGCAAAAGAAGCAGCAGGUGUGUGUUUGUGUGUGUGUGUGCAUCUCUCUCUCUCUCUCUCUCUCUCAGUGUGUGUUUUGCGUGCAUUUGCACCAGGUGGCAGUGUCAUAUCGCCGACAGGCUGAGCGGCUGACGCGUGCCGCGUCUCUUUGGCGUCGCGUGCGUCAUCGCCGUGUGCGCGCGUGCUGUUGGUGGUGUGCCGCGUCCCCGCCGCCAGGUGUGUGCUUCUUGUUGCAUCAAUUCAACCUCUCCCAAUCAAACAGCAGCAGCCGCAGCAGCAGCAGCCGUCGUCAGCAGAGACCUCCUUACCGUGUGUGUUUUGUGCUUGUGCCUUACCUUUAACACUGUGUGGCCUUUUCCGUCGAGCCGCAGGAGGAGUAGAAGGAGGAGGUGCCUUUAAAACCCCUCUCCACACUGCAGCAGAGGUUCGAAACAUCUGCGCCCGAUCGUGUGUGUGUGUGUGUGUGUGUGCUUUCGACAGAAGAAAAAAGGAAGGGAAGAGAAGAAGAAGAAGAAAAAAACAGUGAGUGAAAACAGACACCCGCAAACCCGCAAACCGCCGGCCGCUCUAAUCCCCGCACUGUCGCAAGGGAGCAGGACCCGAAGGCGUUUGUUCUCUACUCGAUCAACCUGAAAAAGAAAACGCAAGAGAAAAAAAAUUCUACUCCAAUAACUCAAUCGACCGAAGCAGCAGCAGCAGCAAAAAAAAAACACGGUGGCACGCUUGCCUCCUGCCACAUCAAUCAACAGGUGCAGCGUGUGUGUGUGUGUGUGUGGUGCUUCCUUGCGCACAAAAAAAAACACACACCGACACACGCACUUACGGCAGGAGGAUCUAAUAUUGCGAGACGUUAGACAUUCCGAAACCAGCAACAGUCGUCGCCUUUACACGUUCGAGCGAGAUACGUUCCAGCCGCGUUGGCGGCAGCGUGUGCAGCGACACUACUCUCCUCGUCGUCGUGCCGCGACCGCGAAGGGCGGCCACAUUCGUUAAGAAUCUUCUAAACCUACAGUACGCAAAGCAAAGGUGUACAAAAAAAAAACAACGAAGAAGCACCAACCAGCAGAACGCGACAGUGAAGGACGAAACGGAGAAGGAGCGCCGCAGCAGGACAAGGAGCGAGCGAAAGCAGGGGCGCCCUAAAACCCACCACCCCAAAACCCCCCUCGCAACCCCCUCCCACCACCCCGCGUGCAUGAUAUACCGGCGGCAGCAACACACACUUGGGAGCAAUGAAAUCAAGUGCAGUAAAAUUUUGUGCUAUACUACUAAUUAUGCUGUCAUCAGUUGUGGUUCACACAGACUGCUGUUCUAGCAGAUCGAUGCCAAAAUCAAGACCUCGGCCAGUGUCACACUUUCGCGGUGUGAUGACGUCCGCCACCACCACCUUCACGGUGAUCCGGCCGGACGCGACCUCCUCGUCGAACAACCGGGAACCGCCGGACACGGCGUCGACGGGGAUGGACUCGCGUCUUACCGGCAGCGGUGGCGGACCGGGCACUGGCGGCCUCGGCCAUGGUAUCAGCACAAACGGCGGUAAAGCGAACGACCACCAGCAGCAGCAGCAGCAGCAGCAGCGAAACGGCGACGGCACGGUGAUAGAACCGCCGACCGGCCGCCGGGACGAUCCGAGCGGGCGGGGCAACGAGAAGGACCAGCUGCUGAUGCGCAUGGGCAAAUGUUCGCAGCUGUUCGAGGAGAACUACUGCCUGAACGGUGGCAAAUGCUACAACUUCACGAUCGCCAACUCGACCAUGCCGACGUGCGAGUGCGCGGACGGCUUCAUGGGUGAACGAUGUGAGUCAAAGUACCUGGAUGGGACCUACCUGAGCAUGCGCAAGCCGAAGAUACACAUCGAAACGGCGAGCAUGUAUUACGGGGCAUUUCUUGCCAUGAUGGUAGUGCUGGCUGUGUUCUACUAUCUGCACUGGCUCAACCAUUGCCGCUAGCGCACGGCAACCGUGCUGGAGGUGGCCGGGUGGGGUCCCCCCUCCCGGUCCCCGGUGCGGCGGAUCGCGCGCACGCACGCCCUCCCUGACAGCGGAGCGCGUGCCGGCCAAUGGUACCUACGGAGCCUAACCUCGUAAUUGGUAUGUCCCAUCCUACCCCGAAAAUACGAUAAAACGCGGAUUGCGAUCAGAGAGCUAGAUCGUGUGUGUGCGUGUGUGUGUGUGUGUGUGCGGAGGCGUGGGCGUUUGAAACCCGUCCACGGACCGGUUUACCUUCAACCACCAACCCACACACACACACACACACACACACGGUCGAAACACAGCGUAGCAGUUACAUACAUUUGCACGGAUUGAUAAUCCGACGACAAAACAAAGCAAAUCACAAACAGAAGAAGACAAAAAAAAAAUGCAACACUUAAGGUCGACUUUAAGGAGAUAUAGAGCAGGCGACGAACCCCCAAAUCCCUUCCAACCUCUAAACUUACUUUGCUUUGCUUGGCAAGGGGCUUUACCCUACACCACUUCUCGCCACCCAAGCCUCCCGCUUCAUUGUGUGGCUGCACGUGCGUACCAGGAAUGGGUUCGAAUCCAGCGACGGAAGCCGUGCAAAUCAAAUGGAAAGGAGCGUAGAAUGAGGAACAGCGUACGUGAAAGAGAGAGAAAGAGAGAGAGAGAGAAAGAACGACAGCGAUAAGGAUGUUCCCAACUCUUCCGGCAGGCGUGUGCUGCUGGGUGGCGGCGUGAUUGGCGAGAUAUGUACGGUGUGCGCAGCAUCGUGGCGCUUGAACGCCUUGAACGGGAUCUGAUUUAGAUUUAACGCUUAUAUAUACAUAUAUACAUAUAUAUAUAUAUACAUAUAUACAUAUACAACACUUUUAAGCUAAGGUUAGUGUAAAUACGCCGUCGCUCCCCUCCCCUCCCUCCGGGCACCCUUCCCUGUGGGGGAGGGGUGAUUUGGAAAGGGGGCCUCCGCAACACGGGCGACAACGCGAAACAAUUGUGUAACAUAUUCGAAUGAGAAUUUAGCUAUUGUAUAAGUAGGCAAGAACUGUGCGUGUGUGGGUGUGUGUGUGUGCGACACGUGAUGAACAUCCCAUUUGUUCGUUUACAUACACACACACAUACACAUACUUUAUGACGAAUCUGUAAUACGAACCCAUAAGCAACGCAAAAUUACACGAAAACUCGGAACGAAAGUAAGCAAAAAAAAAAAGCAACAACAGCGUUCCUGCCAAAAACCAAACCCGAAGGUAGGGGGCAUCAAAAUCAAACCCGCUCGAGGCAGGAAACAAAAAAUACAGAAUGAUUCUACAUCCAACAUACAAAAACUCUCAUCGAUCACACACAACACAACAUUUUCGAGCAGUAUUUAUUCCCGUGCAGAGAGAGAGAGAGAGGGAGAAAGAUAGAGAGAGAGAGAAAGAGAGAGAGAGACCGAAAGAAGUUAAAAAAAGUAACAAGACUAAAUAUUGGCUGUGUUAAUAGGACCGGGUGGGGGAUGGGUGCCUCGAGCUCGUUUUUCUCUCUUGCUCGGUGUGCGUGGCUUGGCCCGGAGUUUUCCUGCUGCGUCUCGCUGCCGUUUUAAGUGUGCCCAAGUUUUAGCCUAGCCUAGCAGACACUAGACGAGUGGCCUUUUUUUAAACAAUUUCUGCUCUUCUCGUUUUUUUUUCUUUGGCAUGGAAUUUUUGAAGCAAAUUUUUCAAAUCUAACAACUCCUCCUAAAGCUGCAAGGUGGCAAGCCACCAUUCCCCACUCCUUUUGUCUUAUCAUCCAUCACACACACACACUCACACACACACACACACACACACACACACACACACACACACAAGCUUGCCGGCUAUCGAAACCGAGUGCCUCUAACGAAAUAAAUACAGCAGUGCCUCUACUAAAAACGAAAAAACGGAUACAUUCUGCAACACAAUGAUCAGCAAACACAGCGGUUGCUCUCUUUUUUUUGUUUGAUUUUGUUUUUUUUUUUGUUUUUCGAUAACAACAGCGCUUAGGACAAACACACAGCACGUAGGAAUGCUGUGGAAUGCAUUGAAACAUUGAUACUAGCUAGAAUGAUGCGAACACGCUGCAAAAACAAACAAAGCACAGGGAAACCAGGUGCUAAUUCCAAUGUCUUCGAGCGCCCCUUGAAGCGGUCUUUCAUUCUCUUCUAGCUUGCUUUUUAUUUUUUAAAAAAUAAAUAAAUAAAUAAUAAUUAUCCAAUUAGAUUCCAAUUAAAUUAAAAAAACCCCAACCUGGCAGUGUAUUAUGCUGUCGAGGCGUUCGCUUACAUCCGUCGUCCCGUAAGCGAAGGAAACAGUCUCAUGCUAGACAUAAACAAACACACACACACACCGUGCAAAAGGAGAGGAUCGUGAGUAAGUGUGUUGUGCACUUGCAAAUAAGGCUUUGUUUUUGUUUUCGUGCGUGCCCCCGAGGAGCGCCCCUCCUGGCUUCCCCGAUUAGAGUACGUUUUAGUACUUGCGCCACACGGUGUGCUGCUCUCUAAGCUCUGGGGGAGGCAUCUCCACUUUGCUCUCUCUUUCUCUCUCUAUCUCUCUUUCUCUCUCUCUCUCUCUCUCUCUCUCUUGCUGGCUGCAGCAAAGCGUCCGGCAAACGUUUUUUUUGUUUUUGGUUUAAGCAAGGCCUUAUUUAAAACGACUAUGUAAUCGCCUGUGCUGUGCCUUAUCUUGCAGACGGAAAAGCACCUUAAUUCGAACACACACACACACACAUUACACAUAGACACAAAAUCAUUCCAGCGCAGCACUGCAUGACAAUCGACAGGUGUGUGACAGACGGGAUUAGAAGGAGGCGGUCCACUCUUUGGAAGCGGAGGGCCCGAAAAUAGGACGGAAAAAGGCGGCGUCCUUUUGAAAAAAAAAAUAAAAUAUUGCGCUUUUACUAGCUAAGCGGGCAAACGGGAAUUUUGCUAAUCAAUUGCCGCACACGAAUGCAAACAGAAAAGCAAAUGGCAUCAUCAUCACACAUGGAUAGCGACCGAACGCGGCCGCAAAGGGAGGAGAUGUAUGAUACAAGCAUCAGUAUUAUUAAAAAAAAAAAAAAAACACACACACAAUAUACAAUCGUAACGAAAUGUAGCCGGGCGGGCGUAAACUAUAACGAAAUACUAUACACUUAUAUAUAUAAAGAAAAAUGAACGGGAACGGUAGAGUUAGGGCGUCUAGGAAACAGGGGUGUGGGCGAUAUGACCCACCCGAACAACGCUCCCGCCUUACCCCAACAUACACAUCAUUACCCACACAAACAAACACAUACACCCACACUGCAAAAGGGAAACGGUUCCAUGUUUUCCAUUAAUUAUGUAUUUUAUAAGCAUCGCACCAAACACCACGACCUCGGGCGACCAUGGGCGAAAAGACUGGAGUAGUGGUACUCUUGAACUCUUUCUUUCUUUCUGUUUUUUUUUGUGCGUGUGUAUCUAAUCUACUAGAGAAGAAGAAGAAGGGAAAAAACACGCAAAUGUUAUGAAAUUGCCUGCAAAAAAGACAAACAAAAGACAAAAACAAAAACCCCGCAAAAGCAAUACAGGAGGACAGUUUUGUUGUUGUUGUUGUUGUUAUUGUCCCUGCUACUACUACGAAACAUGAUAGAGAGAGAGGAGAGCAAAAAAAGAAGCAAUCAUACACCAUACCCAACCCAAACACCAACGGUACGUAUACACACAGUCAUAUACACACAUCCUACUCGGAAGAAAGCGGCCUUUAAAAAAAAAAAAUAAUGUACGUCAAAUGCCAUAAUGCGAUAAAAUUCCAUAUUUUUUUUGGAUGACUCUUGAUUUGUUUUGUUGUUUUUUUUUGUGUAUACUGUGUACUCCCAAGGCGCUCGUAUACAGGAAAAGAGAAAAAAAAGACUACAGGCGCUAGUAGUAUAGAGGACGUCGUAGAAGAGAAUCAGUGUGAGAGAGUGAGAGGAUAUUAAGAAAAAUAGAGGAAAGUGGAGUUGACAUAAUAUAUAAUGGCAUUAUUAAUCUAUCCCGUAAUGAACUAUCUCUUAUACGAUCUGAAGCUUAUCUAAAGCGACAACCGUACCCGAGGAUGUUGAUUUGUUUUUUUCUAUUUCUUUUUUCGAAUCGUUUUCUAUUAUAUAAAGAAAGGGCAACGCUUAUUCUCUCGACGGUAUUAUGCAGUGUGUAUGCAGAUGGAAAGAGUGAGUCGUGGUGUGUAUAGCAGGGAGGAAGCAAAAUGUGAAGCACAGGAAAAUUGUAAGCAAUCGCAGCACGCCGCGACGUCCGUUGACGGUUAAUUAGUUGGUUUUUAACAUAUUUUUCCCGCUUUUUUUGUCGGAAUUUAUUAAACAAAACAAAACAAAAAAAGAAAGCGAGAAAAAAACACACCUUCACACCCAUCCUUCGGCGUUACAAAACAAGAGAGCAAAACAAAAACAAAAAAAAACAGAACUGAAAUUAUAUUAAAUAGGUGCAAAUAAAGCGAACGACAGAAAAAAAGGAGUAACUUCCCCCUUUUUUUAAAUCAA